AUGAUGCGCCAGACGCCGCAGCCGACCGAUCCCGGCUCCUCGGAGCCGGUCAGCGAGACCGAGUCGGGCUGCGAGUCGGCCGACCCGAUCGCGCCAGAGACCGUUCGGAUGCUGCGCCUCGAACUCGAGGGCGAGCGGCGGCAAAACAAGCAGUGGCAGGCCAAGCUCAAGCGAGCGGCCAAGCUCAACGAGCAGCUGGUCGAGAUGGAGGAGGAGAACAUCACAAACAAGCUCUACAAGAAGCUGGAGCAGGUCAAGCAGGAGAAGGUGUCGCUCGAGAAUCUGCUCGAGCAGGCGCGCAAGAGCACCCCGCCCGUCACUCGGCCGCUAGCGCCUCGCUAG